UUUUCCCCCCAAAAUUAAAUGGGAAUCGACGACACUUUCCCCUUCUUAUUAAAUUUAAAAUGGUUAAGAAAGAAUUAUCGUCGGAGAGGGGUUAUCCUGCUUUGGGUGAUUGGAAUUUUGGCAUUUUUGCUUUGUUGGGUAUUGCUAACUUUGUUAAUUUUGUUGGCACAAGAAGCUUUACUCGGCCCCGUUUUCUUAACAAAAUCCUCUUCCUCCUCUCUUUUAACAGUAGACCCAGAUUCUUAUGCUGGAAGGGGAGUUCAACUUUUGGUUGGGCACUUCAAUGGGAAUUUGCCGGCAGAGAGAAGGGCUAACUUAACUGAAGGUUUUUUGAGACUAUAA